CCCACUCCGGGUCGGAACUAUGGUGGGCAUGGGAGGGGGCGUCGAGCCCAUUCGCGCCGUAUCCCUCCGCCCCCCUUCCCGACACCCUCGAGGCGAGCGGUUCUUGCCGCAUCCUGCGCAGCCCCUGCCGGCUUUGGUGCAGAGGCGUGGGGGCGGGGCGCCUCGUUGCCAUUCCGAUCGCGCGGAAAGCGGUGGGAGUCUGAGCAAGGAGCGGCGGGAGGAGAGGAGAGCGCAGGAGAGCAGGGGGAGCCCGUCUCCCUGGGCCUUGAGCCUGAAAAGGCAAGUGGGGGCGUGCGGGGGGCGCGGGGUGGUCUCCCACUGCCGGCCGGCUGACCGCCUGUCCCCCAGACUCCAACAGCUCCACGCGGAGGAGGCGAGCGGGUCGGAACGGAUCCGCCAGAGAGGUGCGCAGUGCCGGGGACCCCUGGCGACGAGGAGGCUGUGAGCGGCGCGGGUCUGGCCGGGCCAAGGGCGGAGCGGGGUGGGCAGAGCGGCUCCUUCAGAUGGUAUGGAGGCCAGCCGCGCCGACCGCCUUCCAGCCCGCUUCCCAGCUGCCCGCGCCCCGCCCUCGAUCGUGUCUGUGCCCUGAGAGGGUUGUGGGGGAGGCUGCUGCGGAAGAAAUGGCGGCACGGGAGCUGGAGCGGGUAGGGGGGCGCUGUGGGAGGCCGCUAGGUCUGGGACAGAGGCGGGCAUCUGAGCUCAACUGGUGAAGAGUGGUCGCCUUCCCUACUCGGGCCCUAGUUCUGAAAAGGGGUCUGUUGGGGCCCGGUGUCCUGGGUGCUGUCCUUUCCCACAGGCUCCUGCUUGAUGUCUAAGUCUUCUGUCUGCGCAGUAUCUGACGUAUUCUGACAGCCCAGAGUGGGCCAUCUCUAGAGCAGAGGCUUGGGAAAAAGGAGCAGGAAAGUGUCCUGGAUUUCUGGAGGUCUGCUUUAAGGCUCGUCAGUUCUGCAUGAAAGGAAAAGCCGAGGAGGAGACUGUCUCAAAUCUCUGGAGGACCCCUGAAGUCUGCUGUGGGGCUUAACAUCACUUGAACACAGAGAGGAGGAAGAAAUUGCAGCGCAUCAGUGAAGAUCCACGUGCAGUGUCAGGUCCUGUGGUAUUGGAGUUGCUGCUAAAUAACCACUCUCAUCUGGUCUGCACCCACCCAGGAACCAUCCAUCCUUCCCCAGCCUGGUUGUGCUUCUUCUGCACUUUAUCUGUAUUAUUGACUGAGACUGUGCUUGGGGUGAAGCAUCAUUGAUUGCUGGAUUGGUGAUUUACUCUAAUGCUUUAUUUCCUACUUUAUCUCCUGGAUCAUCGAAAGAUCAAAGUGUGAAGAUACUAAUCUGUGCCAUAGCUUUUGUUGAGGAAGAAACUGUGGUAGGCGUACUUAAUUGAAUCUUUUUCUAACUUGUACCAUGACUGGGGCUGAGAUUGAACCAGGUGCGCAGGCUAAGCCUGAAAAGAAGCCUAGAGAAGAGAUUGUGGGUGGGGCUGAGCGAGAACAUGAAGUCCCUCUGGUGGUCAGACCCAAGGUUAGGACCCAGGCUCAGGUAACAACGGGGGCAAGGCCCAAAACUGAGACCAAGUCUGUGUCUGGGACAAGGCUCAAAUCUGAGACCCAGGCAAUGGCUGGGGCAAGGCCCAAAACUGAGGCCCAGGCAGUGACUGGGGCAAGGCCCAAAACUGAUGCCAGGGCUGUAGGUGGUGCACGUCCUAAGACUGAGGCCAAGCCAAUCCCUGGGGCACGGCCUAAGGAUGAUGCCCAAGCAUGGGCCCAGAGUGAGUUUGGAGCUGAGGCAAUAUCAGCUGAGGGAGCAUCCCAGACUAAUGCUGUCACCUGGCCUCUGGUCAGUGGUGAGUCUGGGUCAGUUACAAAAUCUAAGGGCCUCUGUGUGGAUAGAGAAUUGGUCAGUGUGGACACUGAAACCUUUCCUAGCACGCAGAGCCAAACUGUAAUCCAACCUUGGUUUGGACCAGGGGAGGAGACAAAUACAGGGUCUUGGUGCUAUCCCAGACCCAGAGCUAGAGAGGAGGCCUCUAAUGAGUCUGGAUUUUGGUCAGCAGAUGAGACCUCUACUGUGUCUUCUUUCUGGACUGGAGAGGAGACCAGUAUCAGAUCAUGGCCUAGGGAAGAGGCCAAUACUAGGUCCAGGCACAGGGCUAAACAUCAGACUAAUACCAGGUCCAGGCCCAGAUCCAAACAAGAGCCCUAUAUUGAUUCCUGGUCUGGGUCUGAGGAUGAGGCUGGCAACCCAUUCUGCUUUUGGACUGGAGAAAAUACCAAUAACUUGUUCAGGCCCAGAGUUAGAGAAGAGACAAAUAUUAGAUCUAAACUCAGGACAAAGAGAGAUGACUAUUUUGAAUCUGAGUCUGAAGACGAGUUUUAUAAGGAGUCAUGGUUUUUGCCUGGAGAAGAGGCCAAUAGUAGAUUCAGGUGCAAAAACAAGGAAGAGUCUAAUAACAUCUUGAAACCCAGGGCCCGGAAAGAUGUUAAAAAUGGUGACAGGGCCAAACAAGAGCCCAGGUUUGAGGAAGAAGUCAUUAUUGGGUCCUGGUUCUGGGCAGAAAAAGAAGCCGGUUUGGAGGCUGGGGCUUCAGCAAUCUGUGAAUCUGAGCCAGGGGCUGAGGAGGGGGCCAUUGGUGGAUCCUUGUUCUGGACUGAGGAUAAGUCCAGUUUGGGGGCUGUGGCCAGAGAAGAAGCCAGGCCUGAAUCUGAAGAAGAGGCCAUAUUUGGUUCCUGGUUCUGGGAUAGAGAUGAGGCCUGCUUUGACCUAAAUCCUAGUCCUGUGUACAAGGCAAAUUGCAGGUUCAGAGAUUCAGCUGAGGAGGAAGUUAAUGAAUCAUCCAGGCCCCAAACAUGGGAAGAGGUCACUGUUGAAUUCAAACCUGGUCCUUGUCAUGGGGUUGGCUUUCCAUCCACAAACCCCUUUAGAAUUCCUGAAGGGUCUUCUGAAAAUAUUGUGGCAAAGCCCAAGAAUGUGGAGCUUAACCCAGAAGGGGAAGAGCAGGAGUCUUUGCUGCAGCCUGAUCAGCCUGAACCUGAGUUCCCAUUUCAGUAUGAUCCCUCCUACCGGUCAGUCCGGGAAAUUCGAGAGCAUCUUAGGGCCAGAGAGAGUGCAGAGCCUGAGAACUGGUCUUGCAGCUGCAUUCAGUGUGAGCUUAAAAUUGGUUCUGAAGAGUUCGAAGAACUCCUUUUAUUAAUGGACAAAAUUCGGGAUCCCUUUAUUCAUGAAAUAUCUAAAAUUGCAAUGGGUAUGAGAAGUGCUUCUCAAUUUACCCGAGAUUUCAUUCGUGAUUCUGGUGUUGUCUCACUUAUUGAAACCCUGUUGAAUUAUCCAUCCUCUCGAGUUAGGACAAGUUUUUUGGAAAAUAUGAUUCACAUAGCUCCACCUUAUCCAAAUCUAAACAUGAUUGAAACAUUCAUAUGCCAAGUGUGUGAGGAAACCCUUGCUCAUGGUGUGGAUUCCCUUGAGCAGCUGACUGGAAUAAGGAUGCUUCGACAUCUCACCAUGACUACUGACUAUCACAUACUGAUUGCCAAUUACAUGUCUGGGUUUCUCUCCUUGUUAACCACGGGCAACGCAAGAACAAAGUUCCAUGUACUGAAAAUGCUGUUGAAUUUGUCUGAAAAUCCUAUGGUGGCAAAAAAACUAUUCAGUGCCAAAGCUCUGUCAAUAUUUGUGGGUCUCUUUAACAUAGAAGAGACAAAUGAUAACAUUCAGAUUAUUAUUAAAAUGUUUCAAAAUAUCAGUAAUAUUGUAAAAAGUGGAACAAUAUCUUUAAUUGAUGAAGAUUUCAGCCUUGAGCCGCUUAUUUCUGCAUUCCAUGAAUUUGAGGAGUUAGCUAAGCAACUGCAAAUCCAAAUAGACAAUCAGAAUGAUCCUCAGGUGGGAGAACAAAGUUAGUAUGGUUAACCACCUGCCGCUGAUCAGCCUUAUGUUCCCAAAGAGCCCCAAGUUGUGCUUUGGUGUUCACAGUCUGGUUUUAUGUCAUAACAUUUUUAAUGCUGAUGUUAACUUGUAAAACUCUUGUUUUGGGCUGGAUCAUUUUGUGGAUGCCAAAUGAAUAUUAGAACUGAAAA